AUGUCUUCGGCAAUCGCAAUCGUCGCAGGCGUUGGACCUGGCACUGGUGCUGCCGUCGCCAGACGAUUCGCAGCUUCGUAUCCCGUAGUCCUGCUGGCACGCAACCCUGUCAACUACGAAUCACUCGUCGAAGAAAUCAACAAAAGCGGCGGACGUGCUAUGGGAAUCUCCACGGAUGUCUCGAACCAGGACAGCAUCAAGAGUGCUUUUAGCAAAAUCGAGCAGGAGUUUAAAGGCGCUCCUAUCGCUGCCGCAGUCUUCAAUGCAUCUGGGAGAUUUGUCAGGAAGCCGAUUUUGGAGAUGAGCGUGGAGGACUUUGGAGCUGGUUAUGAAGUCAGCGUAAAAGGAGCCUUCAUGUUCGCUCAGCAGACCCUUCCCGGCCUUCUUAAGCACUCCGAAGACAAAUCCGCUAAAUACCCACCAACCCUGAUCUUCACCGGUGCUACCGCAUCCAUCAAGGCCAAUGCCCUGAUGAGCGGCUUUGCUUCUGCGAAGUUUGCUAUGCGCGCCUUGUCAAUGUCAGUUGCCAGAGAAUAUGCACCCAAGGGAGUGCAUGUCGCUCAUGCCAUCAUUGAUGGAGUGAUCGACAUUGAGAGGACGAAGGAGUGGUUGAAGGACCAACCUMCAGAGGCGAAGAUUGGUGCUGAUGACAUUGCUGAGAGCUAUUGGAAUUUGCAUACGCAGAGUAAGAGGUGCUUCACCAACGAAAUUGACAUUCGACCGAUGCUUGAGAAGUGGUGA